AGAGAGAGAAAGCUUGACGACGACGACGACGAUGAUCAAGCCUUUAAAUUACAUUCUCUUCUCGUCAACGCGUUUCCUUCUUCUUCUCCUUCUUUCCUCUUUCUAUUUCCACCCCUUCCUCUCCUGUUCAUGGUGGUGGAUGGGAGUCGGAGAUCCUCUUCCACUUUCCCCGGACAAGAACCGCCGGAUAUUGCGUCGACUUCUUCUUCCUCCGUCGUGAAUGCUCGGUUGUCGGAUUCUCCGAUUCUCCUGUUCGUUUACUUCCACAAGGCUUUCCGUGCGCAGCUGGCGGAGCUCCAAAGUCUGGCCGGUGAUGCGGCCCGGGCCAAUUCCGAUCUAGCGUUGGAGCUCCGCCGUAAGUUGGAUUUCUUGAAGCUUGUUUAUAAGUACCAUUCUGCAGCUGAAGAUGAGGUUAUAUUUUCAGCGCUCGACACACGUGUUAAAAACAUUGCUUUCAAUUAUUCGCUUGAACAUGAUGACACAGAGGAUCUUUUCACUUCAGUUUUUCAUUGGCUACAUGUUCUUGAAGAUGAGGAAAGAGGGAACGUUGCAGAUGUUCUUCGUGAAGUUGUAUUAUGUAUUGGCACCAUUCAGUCAUCCAUAUGUCAACAUAUGCUCAAAGAAGAACGGCAGGUGUUUCCAUUGAUCAUUGAGAACUUCUCUUUUCAAGAACAAUCAUCACUAGUGUGGCAAUUCAUCUCUAGUGUUCCAGUGAUGGCACUUGAAGAGAUUUUCCCAUGGAUGACAUCUUUACUCUCUCCCAAGGAGAAAUCUGAAGUUGAGAACUGCGUGAAGCAAGUUGUCCCAAAUGAAGUCUCCUUGCAACUGGUCAUAAACUCUUGGCUGAUUGAGGAUAGUCGAUCUUCUUCUUUCCCGGCUCUUACAAAGAUCAUGAAAGGAGUCCAGUGUGUAGAAGUGUCUGAAAACAUGAGCAACUCAUCUCAUCAGGCAGAUUCAUCAAGUGGUGGGUUGUUUCAACGUUUUUGGCAGUGGAGUAAAACCUCAUUUUCAAGUCCAAAUACAGGAGGAGGACACACUCUGGCUCAUGGUAUUCAGAUUUGGCAUACUGCAAUUAAAAGAGAUUUGUUAGAGAUUCAAAAAGGAUUAUACCAAUUGAAGUUUCCAAGCUUUUCGUUGGAACUCAAUGUGCUAGUGGUUCGGCUAAACUUCCUUGCUGAUGUCCUUAUCUUUUAUAGCAAUGCAUUUAAGAAGUUCUUUUACCCAGUGUUUGAAGAAAUGGUGGAUCAACACUCUUCCACUUCCAAACAAUUCACCAUAGAUGUGGAGAGCUUCAAAAAAUCGCUAAACCUUGAAACUAGAACAGCCAGUGACAAUUUUGUCAUAACCCUUCAGGAAAAACUGGAAUCUCUUAUACUGACAGUAGCUAAACAGUUUUCUGUAGAGGAAACAGAGGUAUUCCCCAUCAUCAGCAAGAAUUGCAACGUUGAAAUGCAGAGGCAGCUCUUAUACAGAAGCCUUCAUGUCCUGCCUCUUGGAUUGCUCAAGUGUGUCACAAUGUGGUUUUCUGCUCAGUUGUCAGAAGAUGAAUCUCAAUCAAUUAUUCACUUCUUAAGUUUGGAAGAUUCCUUUCCCAACAAAUCUUUUUCGCGGCUCUUGUUGCAGUGGUUUCGCUUUGGUUAUUCAGGCAAAACAUCAAUUGAAAGUUUCUGGAAUGAGCUGUCCUUUAUGUUCAAACCGAUAUUUCCCUUUGGAGAUGAACACACUGAAGAAGCUUCUGGAUCUUUAUGCAAAGGAUCUGACUCUCAUUUGCUUGUGAGGCAAGGGAACAAAGAUAAGUCUUCAACAUGCAUCGAGUCAAAGGAUCUACAUGCUGGUUACAUGAUUGAGACACCGUACUCUAGUGCAAUGAAUCAGAAAAUACUUAUCCCAGAGAGAAUCAAGCCUCUUCAACAACUUCCUGGUUUUUUUAGUGACAAGAAUAUUGGCAAUCACUUAACUAUGGACUUGAAACCGAUCGAUCUGCUUUUCUUGUUCCACAAGGCAAUGAAGAAGGAUCUAGACUACCUUGUAUGUGGUUCAGCUAGACUAGCAUCAGACUGUAGCUUCCUUGGUGAGUUUCAUCAACGGUUUCAUCUUAUAAAGUUCUUGUAUCAGAUACAUUCAGAUGCAGAGGAUGAGAUUGCAUUUCCAGCCCUGGAAGCAAAGGGUAAACUACAAAACAUUAGUCAAUCAUACAGCAUCGAUCACGAACUUGAAGUUGAGCACCUCAACAAAGUAUCAUUUCUUUUGAAAGAGAUGGCAGAACUCAACAUGUUGGUAUCUACUACCGAUUCAAAUUCACUUGACCACCACAGGGAUGUGAAGUAUGAGAAGUUGUGUUCGAGCCUCCAAGAUGUAUGCAAAUCCAUUCAUAAGCUAUUGUCUGAGCAUCUCCACCGCGAAGAAACUGAGCUCUGGUGGUUAUUCAGAGACUUCACUGUCGAGGAACAGGAAAAAAUCAUUGCAUGCAUGCUUGGAAGGAUGAGUGGAGAAAUAUUGCAGGAUGUGAUUCCAUGGUUAAUGGAAUCUUUGAUCCCUGAAGAACAACAUGCUGUGAUGUCUUUGUGGAGUCAAGCAACAAGGAAAACUAUGUUUGCUGAAUGGUUAACAGAAUGGUACAAUAGUCAUGUUAUUGGAGAGGAAACUAAGGAGGCAAAUAAGAAUUCAUAUGAGGAUUCAGAUCCACUAGAUAUUGUUUGGAAAUAUCUCUUUGAAGGAGCUGAUCAUGAGAAUGGAGGGAGCAUUGGCAGAAAACCUCUAAAAUUGUCAGAGAAAGAUUUAAAGCUUAUCAUGAGUAAGCCACUUGGAAAUGAUGCUCCUAAUAACAAGGCAGAAAUUGGCAACAAGAAGGAGAAUCAUCAAGAGAUCUCAGAAAAUAAGAAAGUGUGUGUAGGAGCCGAGGAGAAGAGGUGCAUUGAACAAUCUGAUGACAUCAACUUCCAGCAAACAAAACCUGCUCAUCAAGUUUUUCAAAUGGUUACAAAAUCUAAUCAAUGUGGAGAAAUGAGUAAGUAUGAGUGCCUAUUAUCAAUGAGUCAGGAGGAUGUGGAUGCAACAAUUAGAAGAAUAUCUUGUGACGCUGUCUUGGAUUCUCAGAAGAAAUCAUAUAUCAUGCAGAAUUUGUUAACGAGCCGUUGGAUUGCCACACAGCGGAUACAUAAUCUUGAACCAUCCAUACUCCUCUCAAGCAAUAAGGAAGCGAUUCCUGGCCAGCAUCCAUCUUAUCGAGAUCCUCACAAACUAAUCUUUGGUUGCAAACACUACAAGAGGAGUUGCAAACUUCUUGCUUCCUGUUGCAACCAGCUCUUCACGUGUAUACGGUGCCAUGAUGAAGAAACUGAUCACUCAGUGGAUAGGAAACAUAUCACAAAGAUGAUGUGCAUGAAGUGCUUGCUAAUUCAGCCAGUUGGUGCGAACUGCUCAAAUAGUUCAUGUAGUUCUUCAAUGGGAAAAUAUUACUGCAAAAUCUGUAAAUUGUUUGACGAUGAAAGAGAAAUUUAUCAUUGUCCUUACUGCAAUCUCUGCCGGGUAGGAAAAGGAUUGGGCAUUGACUACUUCCAUUGCAUGAAAUGCAACGCUUGUAUGUCACGUUUAUUAGUAGAGCAUGUUUGCAGGGAAAAGUGCUUAGAAGAUAACUGUCCCAUUUGCCAUGAGUACAUUUUCACUUCUAACUCUCCGGUGAAGGCUCUUCCAUGUGGUCACGUCAUGCACUCCACAUGCUUUCAGGAGUACACAUGUUCGCAUUACAUUUGCCCUAUCUGCAGUAAGUCACUAGGGGAUAUGCAGGUUUAUUUUAGAAUGUUAGACGCACUGCUCGCAGAACAAAAGAUGCCAGAUGAAUACUCAAACCAAACUCAGGUAAUACUAUGUAAUGACUGUGGGAGAAAGGGAAAUGCUCCUCACCAUUGGCUCUAUCACAAGUGUUCUUUUUGUGCCUCUUACAACACCAGGCUUGUC